GCUGUUCUUGAAUCGAUCCCUGUCCUCCUUCGGCUUCAUCUCUUGAGCUCCAUCAUCAAAUCGCGGAGUAGACUGUCACGUGAAGAGAAGAUCCAUCUCUCCUCGCCUAGUUCCUCAUGGGUCGGAGGCCGAUGAAUAGGUUCAGGCAAGGCCGCGGGGCAAUGUCGUCCCGCGGUGGCCGGAUACCGAGCCGCCCACUGGCGGCGAAUGCGGAGGCCCUCAAACGGAACGUUGAUUGCUUCUACUUCAUCGCAUCCCCGACUACGUGCACGAAGGGAAGUAAAUGUGAGUAUCGUCACAGCGAGGGUGCCAGGUUUAACCCCAAGGAUUGCUUGUACUGGCUAAAGGGAAACUGCUUGAAUCCAAGGUGUACUUUCCGUCAUCGAGUGAGUCGCUUGUUAAUUACUGAAUGCACGUUUAGCAGUCCACGUAAUUGCAUGCGUCAUCACAGCUUCUUGUUUGAUCGCAUUAGAAAUUUUGAGCACUUCAGUCAUUCUUUCUAUAGGCCGAUGAUGGAAAUUACUUUUUCCUUAUAUUAUCUUAUGCCACUUGAAUCGCUGUUUGGAAAUCCCAGGGCCAUGGCAGUGCCUGCUGAACCAUCAUCGUCAACAGCAGUUCAAGUUGCAGAUCGUCCACCUCCUAAUAAUAUUAACAGGAAUACUACUCCCUGCUAUUUUUUCAUGAAGGGGAAAUGCUUAAAAGGUGAUGAAUGUCCUUUCAGACAUGGAGUUGGUACUCCAUUAGACCUUCACAAGGACCAGCAAAGCACUCCUAGUGUAAGUGCUGUCAAAGCUGGCCAGUAUCGGUUUCAGUCCAUGGAGGAGGCCCUUGAGUAUUUUAAGAAGGAUAAAGAGCUUAAGGGUGAGUCUUCUCAUGAUCGUAUAGAGGAUUCUGAUUUCUUCCGAGAUGUAGACGAGUGUGCUGCGGCAUGGCUUCAACGUGGAAGGACUUUGGAUUUUCUAGAUCAAUGUAAUGACCCCCAGUCAGAUCAUCAACGGGAGAAAGAUCAGCACACUGAGAACAGGGAGUCUGAAAUGUCCGGGAGCUUACACGGGCGGGAACAGCAAAAGACCUCCUCCGAGUGGACUUUGGACAUAUCAAUGCUCGAGAAAGGAAAAUUGAGGGAGGAGAGCUAUGAUGAGUUAGAUGAUGAACCAGUUCCAAGAUCGGAGACAGAUCAGCACAGGGGCUUGCACGGACGGGAUGAGAAGCUUUUGGAGGGACCAUCAAUGCGGACGAAAAGCAAGCCGAGGGAGGAGAGCAAUGAUGAGUUGGAUCCUUGUGAUCUCCGCCAUCAGUUACCGAGAGUAAGAAGACCAAAAGAUUCGGGACGGGUUAGCGAUCCUGAUGAUCGUGGCAGUCAUCGAUAUGUUCAUGAUGAUAGUUCUCAUGCUCAGCAUUCACAGUGGGAUCGCCAGUCUCUCGGAAGGGGAAGAUCCAAAAGUAUAAUAUCUCUGCCUACCAAAUCUUCACCAGAUCGACCUACUGGCUGGCCGUCUGCGAUAGACACAGACAGAGAAAGGAAAAGAAGAAGAUUAUCGCCAGCCAUGCUGAUGAACGAUCAGGAAAGCUGCGCAAGGUUGGAUGCGGAUUCAAGCUCCGGUGCAAAGAGGACAUCUGGUGGACGGACAGCGGGAAAAGAUGUUGCUUACCCUUCAGAUUUUCCAGGCCCAAAGAGUCUUGCUGAGCUUAGAGGUGCAAAAGCUUCUCAGACCUCCUACGACGAGAAAAGAUUAAGUUCCAGCGAAACUGCAGAUCAUCAGGAAUAUGGAUCCUCCCUCUCUUUCGAAGGCCCACUGCCAUUGAGUGUCAUUCUCCAGAGGAAAAGAGAGGCUGCACCUGAGAAGAGUGCGAUCUCAAGCAAUGGGGAAGGAGAUAAUCAAGGAGAUGCAGAUGAUCAUGCUUGGGAUCCUGCCGAGGAUGGUGGGAAUGUCCCUGAAGCAUCCAAGGGUACGACGGUUGAUGAAGAGGAAGAAGAGGGUAGGAUCGCUAAGGAAUUACUUGAUGGUGCAGAUGAAGUGGUUAAUUAUGAGGAGGCAGCUGAAGGCGAAGAUAAUGAAUACGAGGUGGAUGAAGAUGACUUUGUCAAGAUGGUAGGAGACCUAUUGGUCUGAAAACAAGGUUGGCUGCUGCGUCUUACAUGUCUACGGAAGACUGUAAUGGUGCUGCCGACAGAGGAAGCCUUUACUUAUUUCCAUAUGGGCACUCAAUUAGAGAAGCCCAAGAUGGGAAAUUGGAAGCUUA